AUGACACCUCCACUAGGAAGAGUCACCGAAAGCGAAAGCGUUACGGUUGAAAGAAUAGCAAGAAGACGAGAAUCGCUUGCGAAGAAAGUGCCAACAAGGACAUGGGAGGCGAAUGUGUUCCACACACGAGGUGAAAUGAUGCACAACGCUACUUAUGCGAUGAUCGGAACCAGCCGCGCGAAGCUUUUAGACACUCAGUCGAUCAACAUUUUCAUUAACUGUUUCUGGACUCCAUCGUCAUCGAUCAGCGUUGGAGUGCCGAGGGAGUUUCGGGUGGGUAGCGCCGAGGCAGAGACCGGCGACGGCAACCAACGUGCCAUCGUCGUGCGAUUGUUGCUGAAGAGCGACGGAAUCAGGUUGCAGGGGGAGACGAACUUGGUUUUCUUGCUCCUAAUCUGGCUUGGCAUUUUCGAAUGUUCCGCCAUUCGUCAUUCUUUGGGAUUUCCAUGCCCGAAAAAGCUGGUUCCAUUGACUAGUGAAACUAGCAAAAUUAACUUCUUGAAAGGGCAUACGCUUUGA